GAGCUCCUCCUGUGUGUGUGUGUGUGUGUGUGUGGGUGGUUUUCCUUUGGAUGUUGUAAACUAAACUCCAACUGGAAAGCUUCUCACAUCAGCGACCUGACAAGAGAGAGGGAAUAAAAAAAAGAAACACACACACCAUCCUCCCGGGAAGAUACGAGAGAAAGAGCAGCCGCGUGUUCCACCCACGGAGCUGACACUUAAAACACAUCUGCAGGGGGAUGGUGGUUUCAUAUGUUGGCCAGUCUUUCUCUGCACUGAGGAAACAGUGCCAGCAGAAAGGAGUCCUGUUUGAAGACCCUCUGUUCCCAACGACUGACCAGUCGCUGUUUUACCAGAGCAACCGCAUCGGGAGUGUCACCUGGAAAAGACCGAAGGAGUUAUGCAGCAACCCCCAUCUAUUUGUAAACGGCAUCAGUGCACACGACCUGAACCAAGGCCAGCUGGGAAACUGCUGGUUUGUCGCCGCUUGCUCCAGCCUGGCCUCCAGAGAAGCUCUAUGGCAGAAGGUUAUUCCUGACUGGAAGGACCAGGAGUGGGACGAAGACAAACCUCAGUCCUACGCCGGGAUUUUCCACUUCCGGUUUUGGCGGUUCGGCGAGUGGGUGGAUGUGGUGAUUGAUGACCGGCUGCCCACAGCGAAUGGAGAGCUCGUGUACUGCCACUCAAAUGACAGCAACGAGUUCUGGAGCGCACUUGUUGAGAAGGCGUACGCCAAGAUGUGCGGAUGCUACGAGGCGCUCGAUGGGGGCAACACUGCGGAUGCUCUUGUGGAUUUCACCGGGGGUGUAUCAGAGCCCCUGGACCUGGUGGAGAAAGGAUUCAAAGAUGAUCAAGAGAAACGAGACGAGCUGUUUGAGCGAGUCCUGAAAGUCCACAACAGAGAGGGCCUCAUCAGCUGCUCCAUCCGGGCGACAACCGCAGCAGACAUGGAGGCGAGGCUGGACUGCGGUCUGGUGAAGGGUCACGCGUACGCAGUGACGGAUGUCCGCAGGGUGAGGCUGGGCCACGGCCUGCUGGCUUACUUCAGAUCAGACAAGCUCACCAUGAUCCGCAUGAGAAACCCCUGGGGACAGAGAGAGUGGAACGGGCCCUGGAGCGACGGCUCUGAGGAGUGGAAGAAGGUCAGUAGCAGUGAGAGAGAGAAGAUCGGGGUCACUGUGCAGGACGAUGGAGAAUUCUGGAUGACAUUCGAUGACUUUAUCGCCAACUUCACAGACCUCAUCCUGUGUCGUCUCAUCAACACGUCCUACCUGAGUUUCCAUAAGACCUGGGAGGAGACUGUGAUACGAGGCUCCUGGAUACGCAACGGCGACACGCUCCUCAACCGAACUGGUGGCUGCACCAACAACAAGCAAUCUUUCCUCCAGAACCCACAGUACGUGUUUGACGUGAAGAAGCCAGAGGAUGAGAUAUUGAUCUGUCUGCAGCAGAAGGACCGCCGGGCGUCCCUGAGAGAAGGACGAGGGGAAAACCUGGCUAUUGGCUUUGAUAUACACAGGGUGGAGUUAAACAGGACUUACCGUAUGCAUGCUACCCAGGAGAAGGUUGGUGGGAGCACCUACAUCAACUCGAGGUCUGUGUCUGUUCGGAUCGAGCUGAAAGAGGGGAGGUACGUCAUCAUACCCACAACCUUUGACCCCGGUCUGGAGGGAGAAUUCCUGCUCCGCAUCUUCACCGACGUGCGGUCCAACUGCAAAGAGCUAACUCUAGACAAGCCUCCAAAGACCUGCUGGAGCGGUUUGUGUGGUUAUCCCUCUCUGGUCACUCAGGUCCACGUACUGGGGGCUGCUGGACUCGCAGGACAAGACUCUGAUGGAGCGUCGGACCCCUACGUGAUAAUUAGUUGUGAAGGACAGAAGGUGCGCUCUCCGGUCAGUAAGGACACACGGAGCCCCGCCUUUGACACCAAGGGGCUCUUCUACAGGAAGAAGGUCAAGCAGCCAAUCAGCAUCAAGCUCUACAACCACAACCUGCUGAUUGACUCCUUCCUCGGUCAGGUGACCAUGCCGGCUGAGCAAGGUAGCUUCCAGCAGACGCUCCACCUGAAGGGAAGGGGCGAUCGCAGUGACAGCGACCUGCCCGGAACCAUCACUGUUGCCAUAGUGACCAGCUCACUGCUCAACACCAUCUGAGACAGAGCAGUAAAACCUGUGCUGUCAGGGGUUCACUCCCACUAUUGUAUUGAAGUUUACCAAAUAACAAGUUUACCACUAAAGAUUAGUCUACAUAUCGAUUUACAAUCCUUUUUAGGGAGUAUCUGAAAUCCUUCAUGUCUGAGAGAGAUACUGCAAAUCAUUCCUAUCGAGGAUAUAAACAUUGUUUACACUUCUUAAGUAUGGGAGUCCUUUUUCCUCUGGUCGAAUCUCACUAUGUCCGUUUAUACUGCUUUUUUAUAUUUCCUUCUUUUCAUUUCCUUUUUGUUGUGUUUUAUUUACUUUAAAAGGUAUUUAUGGCAUAGAAGUCGAAAAAGAAAAGUGUUGCCAAAGCAUCUUAUAUUUUAUUGAUAAUAUCGUGUUAUAUUUGUAUAUUGUCUUAAUGAUUCUCAUGUCGUCUAUAAAGCACUUUUUAUUGCCUUGUUUUGAAAGGUGCUCCAUAAAUAAACUUCCCUUUCCUUGAAGCGUAACACCUUCUUCAUACACAGCCUGCCAUGAGAAAUCAUCUUUCAUUUCGAUUUAAGAUUCAGGCGACUUCAUUAAUCCCAGAUUAAUCACUACCGAGUCAUUGAAUGUCAUCACUAUUAGAGUGAUACAUUAAAUGAGUCAUGACGCCAAUGCUAACCCUGUAAGGCGUGCUGCAGGUAACCCGCUCUGGAAUUGGAGCUAAUUUUAUCAAACUCUGUGAAGCACCACUUUCUCCUCACUCUUCAAAAUGUCUCAGUACUUGUGAUUAAUCUGCCUGAACAAUCCAUACAAUACUUAAAGUUGCCAUCUGUGAACCCAAAUCUGACUCCUGCCCAUUCUCCACCUCCUACGGGACUGAGUGACACAACAACCCCCAUCCCCCCUCCAGCCCCCAGCCACUGUAAGGGCCAGUGAGUUUUUUUGGAGAUGUGCGCAAAUUUCACACCUCCCUGAAAAAAAGGGUUUUUAUCUAUAAAGUCUUCUUUGUCUCCAGAGAGAGCCCGACAAAAUCUGAUGAAUUGUCUCCUAAUUUAAAACCACUAUGAGUUAAACAUUGUUUCUCUGCAGUUUAGUGUAUUGGACAGUAUUAGUGAAAAGGUGAAAUCGGCCAGUCGUGCCUCAAGCUCCCGGUCAGACUGGCCAGUUUGUUCUGUCUUAGAUGCUUUAUAUUUAAUAUGUGACUCAAAGACGACUUUGUGUGUUCCUCCCCUCUAUGUUUUUGAAAACAUCCAAUAAAUGAUUUCCACUUUGAUUGUUUUAGUUUUAUACAAACGGUUUCUAUCUGUGGUGUUUCUGCUGAAAACAAAUGUAUCAGACUGUUUUAUUAUCUUCAACCAACAAAUGGAAAGUUUCCUGAUGUAUAAAAAAUGGUGCAUUGAGGUCAGUCUUUAUUGUGGUGAAUAAAAAACACAGUCUUUAAA